ACCCGAACCGGUUAUUUACUGUGCCGUCCGCGCUACAACCACUGCCACGGCCCACAAGCAAAAUCCCAGCUCAGAGAGAUGGCUGAAGAGCACGACGAGAAGUCACCCCCCUUCGUCGUUCCUGGCGGUAAAGCCGUCGAGGAAUGCGAAGACAUGAUUCGGAGAAGUUUAAGACACCCAACGGUGAAAUUCUUGAAGGAGCAUUUAGAGAAAGCUGGGUGUGCAGUUGGGGACAAUUUCAUCAAGGCUGUUCAUUGUCAUGAACAAAUUAGCGGGGGCUUUGUUCGUGGUACAGGGAUAAAGGUGUGUAGUAAUCACAUGACAAUCCAAGAUGAGGUCAACCAAGUAGUUAUACAUGAGCUAAUUCAUGCAUACGAUGAAUGUCGUGCUGCAAACUUGAACUGGGCUAAUUGUGCUCAUCAUGCCUGUAGUGAGAUUCGUGCAGGCCAUUUAAGUGGUGAUUGCCACUACAAACGGGAAUUGUUGCGAGGUUUCAUGAAGAUGAGAGGCCACGAACAAGACUGUGUGAGAAGACGAGUUAUGAAAUCAGUGAUUGCUAAUCCUUACUGCUCAGAGGCAGCUGCAAAGGAUGCCAUGGAAGCAGUCUGGGAUGUAUGUUAUAAUGAUACACAGCCCUUUGACAGAGCUCCUUAAGACACUGUUAAAACAAAAUGCCAUGAAGAACCAGUAUUACAGCAGAUGAUUGUUUUCAGAGUUUAAGAUUAUGCUCUGAGUUUUGAGUAGCAUUUGGUAUACACAAAUAUUCAUUUACUUCAUAGAUUCUCACCAUUUAUUUCAUCUAUAUUUUGACUGAUUAAUCGGGAGAUUACCUUUUUUUAAUUUAAUGCUUAUUUACAGCCAUGCUUUUAUGUGAUUCU